AUGGCAACCAUCAACACGCCCGUGAGCGUCGCCGAGGUGACGCAGCAGGCGGGAAACUACACAUAUGACGCCCACAUCCCGCUCGCCAACUGGCUGCGAACGGCCAACACCAUGCAGAAAGAGGCCCAAGUCUACGAAGCCGAGGGCAACGACGCGCAAACCUAUCUCCUGCUAUAUCGCCAUGCCGACCUCGUCCUCCAGAAGCUGCAGGGCCAUCCAGACCGCUCUAAGCCCGAGAACCGCAAAGCGCUGAAUGCUGCCACUGCCGCCGUCAGUCGUGACCUCAAGAAGCUCGAGGAGAUAGCCCCCCGCAUCAAAAAGAGACACGAAGAGCACGAGGCACGCCGCAAGAGACAGCAAGAGGCGCUCAAGUCGCUCGAAGGGAAGAGCAUCAGGCUCGUUCCUCAGGAGCUCGACGGACAGGCCAUCAACCCAAGAUCAUACGAUUCAAGACGCACCAUCGAUGCGCGCGCCCAAGAGAACCACUCGCUGGCUGCAAGGCUGGCACAACGAGAAGUACGCAGGAGAGACACCCUCAAGAGAGGCGUGCGGCAGCACGGUGUGUCUGCAGAAGAAGAACAGGUGCGGCGUAGUGGCGGCGCCUGGGAUACUUGGCAGGACGAACUGGUGCAGCAAGGCGGCCAUGGAGACGACCUCUCGAGCCAGCUACAAGAGGUGGUAAGACUCCAGCAGGGUGACCAUAGAACAUCCUACUCUUCACGUCCAACGUCUCAACCAGCAUCCCCAUACCACUACCCAGCUGUUCCCCACAAGACAGCACAAGACACAUUACCUGACUCCCGUUCAGCACCAGCCCGGCCCCCAAAGGAACAAAUAUACAGGCCCUCUGGCCCACCAUCCGCUCCUCCACCCCUACCACCCAAGCCAUCAUCCUCUCCAUACGACCCGCGAUACGAAUCACGUCCGCCACCCGUUCCAGGCAAAGUUUCAGACGGUGCUCCGCCAUUGCCAAGCAAGGUACACGACGCACGCCCGCCCACGCCGUCUGGUGAACUCGACGAGUUUACCUUUAAACCCUCGGCCUUUCUUGAAAAUGGAGAUCCGCUUCGUCCAGUCUUCCUGCCGUCCCAACUCCGCCACCAGUUUCUUUCUCUUGCAUCUUCAAACACUCGUCUGAACCUCGAAACGUGCGGCAUGCUGUGUGGAAUCUUGAAAUCCAAUGCCCUCUUCAUUACCCGCUUGAUCAUUCCCGAACAGACGAGUACCAGCGACACGUGCGAGACUCUGAAUGAGGAGGAGCUAUUUGAUUACUGUGACAAGGAAGAGUUGAUGGUCCUGGGCUGGAUCCAUACACAUCCAACGCAGACAUGUUUUAUGAGUAGUAGAGAUUUACACACUCAUGCUGGCUACCAGGUCAUGAUGCCAGAAAGCAUUGCGAUUGUGUGCGCCCCGACAAAGCAGCCUAGCUGGGGCUGUUUCCGCCUUACCGAUCCACCCGGUAAACAGGCAAUUCUGAAUUGCACCCGUCCUGGCAUCUUCCACCCUCACGACGUUGACAACAUCUACACCGAAGCACUCAAACCAGGACAUGUCGUGGAGCUGACAGAUGCGCCUUUGGAACUUGUCGAUAUGAGGCCUAAAAAGAAAUUUUGCUAAAAGGGCCUAUCAAAGCGGCUACGACGACAUGUACAAAGGCUUAUGAAUUCUUGGACCCC